AUGGCCACUUCUGCCCUACAAAUUGCUGGACUGGUACUUGGUGGUAUUGGCAUGGUGGGAUCACUGGCUGUCACAAUCAUGCCUCAGUGGAAAGUGUCUGCCUUCAUUGGAAGCAACAUUGUAACUGCUGAAAACAUGUGGGAAGGACUGUGGAUGACUUGCAUGAGGCAUAUGAACAUCAGGAUGCAGUGCAAAAGGUACGAUUCCCUACUGGCUCUUCCUCCAGAACUGCAGGCGUCCAGAGGACUGAUGUGUGCUGCUACGGUGCUGUCCUUCCUAGCCUUCAUGACAACCAUCCUGGGCAUGAAGUGCACCCGCUGCACUGGGGACAAUGAGAAGGUGAAGGGUCACAUUCUGUUAGCAGCUGGAAUCAUCUUCAUUGUGGCAGGCAUUGUGGUGCUCAUCCCUGUGAGCUGGGUCGCCAACUCCAUCAUUAGAGAUUUCUACAACCCAGUCGUAGAUAUUGCACUGAAACGUGAGCUUGGAGAAGCCCUCUACAUAGGCUGGGUCACGGCAUUGGUGCUGAUUGCUGGAGGAACACUCUUCUGUUGCAUUUUCUGUUGCAAUGAAAAGAACAACAUGAGCUACAGAUACUCCAUACCGUCGCAUCGCACGACCCCAAAAAGCUUUCAUAUGGAAAAGAAGUCACCAAGUGUUUAUUCUAAAAGUCAGUAUGUGUAG